CCAGCCUCUACCGUCACUACUUCCACUGUACGACUUGCGGAUCGUCGAUUCUGGUUUACGAGACUGCAAGUUAUCAUGCUCAUCCGAGACGACGUGUACCAUGAAGCUGGAGAAACAUUUCGGCGACAACUUAGAUGGACUGGUUAUGGAACUCGGACGCAGCCCAUGAGAAACUUCAGCGAAUACAAAGUCGCAGAUCCCAAAUACUCUUCGUGUCGAUACCAGUAUGGAUUCGGCGUUACCUACCAUUAACUAUGUGCGCCAACAUCAACUCAUACCAGAACCCAAGAGCGACGACCCGGAAGAUGUUCGAGCCAGCCUCGUCGUGUACUCCCUGAUCAACACCACCCGGCAUCUCCGACACCUCUGUCGCAUGAAAAUCAAGUUCGCAUGUCCUAUUUCCCUCGAAUACGACGUGGUCUUUGUGUUGUAUUCGAACCAUACCCAAGAAGACGAGGAGCUUGAGGAUAAGGGCCAUGCCGAGGUUGAGGAGAUACUCAACAAAGAGCUUGAAUGUCCUGAGGGCCCCAUGUGGUUCGAGGACGUAGCCUGGUCCUCCUCAACAUUAUCAUUUCAAGAACUGCUUCACGUUGGCAUCUGUUCGACAAGCAACCCAGGAUCCACCUUCAUGCUUCCAUUCCUCCAUGCAUGUACAUCGAACGCAGGCCUGACUAUGCUCUGUCUUUACAAUCCCACUCGCAGCGGCUCAUGCUCAUCGUACUACCAUGAAUCAUCAUGCCACUGUUUCGCAUUCGUCAAGACGACACGGCAACGUGGAUUUUGUGACGUAGAUGUGAGGGAACAUCACUCUGUGAGGGUGUUUCCCCCCUGAGGAUGGGCGGUCCCGACGUGUGCAUGUAACUUAGGCGGUCUGUGCCGCUGUAAUGCACCAGGUUCGACUCCUGGAGGUGAAAUACCAACGCUUCUUUUGCUGUUUUUGGUUGUGCUCGAGUGGACCUACGAAGCUUGAUAUAUGAUAUAUGAUUAAUCUGCUCGACUUCUGACCUCCAGCUUUAAUACUCGCGGUCGACCUUCCUUUAUUCACACUAGAC